AUGUUCUCCCGCCUCACCAACAUCCUCGCCACAGGCAUCAUCCUCAUGGGCUACGCCAUGGGUGACACCAUGGGCCAUCCAGCAACCAGAAGCGAACAAGCGGACUGCCUGACGGACACCGACGUCGCCUUGAUCACGGGAGUGUACCAGGGUCUGAUAUCCCAGUACAACGACUCCCUGUGCAAUUCGUUCUGUGCGCUUGAGAUGUACGAUUGGGACGAGACGAUGAGCAUCCUCCUAGGCCGACCGACCGGCGAGCCGCUCUUCAAGAACCGCGACGAGUUCAUGGCCUACCAGCGCAUCACGCCUCCUCAGCCCGUGACCAUCCAGAAGGUCCAAGCGGUGGCCUGCACCAGUAUGACACUGAUCCUGACGGCCUCCUUCGGUGAGGCCAUGGAACGGAUCAGGGGUAUCAGUGUGCUGAGUCUGCGGAGAAACGACGCGGGCAAUUCGUGGCUGAUUACAGGGAUCGAUGCCGAGUUCAACGGGCUUGCUUGGUUGUCGGAUCUGGGUGGAAACUUCACCUUGCCUGGAGGCAAUGUUCCGCUGUUGGGAUAA